UCAGCUGUUACCCAUGGCUCCGUUCCGAGCCACACCUGUGGCUCCUGCGUUUCCCUCUGGCGCACGCGCUCACGAGCUGGGGCCGCGUGGACCCCGCCGAGCAGGAAGAGGCGGAGCGCGGGACCGCGGCUGGAAAAAAGCGCGCGGAAGGGGUGCUGCCACUGCACCACUUCGCCUGCCUCCGUCCCGCCGCGCCACUUCGCCUUCCUCAGUCCCGCCGCUCGCCGUGCCACUUCGCCUGCCUCUGUCCCGCCGCGCCAUGCCCGUCGCCGGCUCAGAGCUGCCGCGCCCGCCCUUGCAGCCCGCCUCACAGGAGCGGGACGCCGAGCCACGGCCGCCGCACGGAGAGCUGCAGUACCUGGGGCAGAUCGAGCACAUCCUCCGCUGCGGCGUCAGGAAGGACGACCGCACGGGCACCGGCACCCUGUCGGUAUUCGGCAUGCAGGCGCGCUACAGCCUGAGAGAUUAUUCAGGACAGGGAGUUGACCAACUGCAAAGAGUGAUUGACACCAUCAAAACCAACCCUGACGACAGAAGAAUCAUCAUGUGUGCUUGGAAUCCAAGAGAUCUUCCUCUGAUGGCACUGCCUCCAUGCCAUGCCCUCUGCCAGUUCUAUGUGGUGAACAGUGAGCUGUCCUGCCAGCUGUACCAGAGAUCAGGAGACAUGGGCCUAGGUGUGCCUUUCAACAUCGCCAGCUACGCCCUGCUCACAUACAUGAUUGCGCACAUCACGGGCCUGAAGCCAGGUGACUUUGUACACACCUUGGGAGAUGCACAUAUUUACCUGAAUCACAUCGAGCCACUGAAAAUUCAGCUUCAGCGAGAACCCAGACCUUUCCCAAAGCUCAAAAUUCUCCGAAAAGUUGAGAAAAUUGAUGACUUCAAAGCUGAAGACUUUCAGAUUGAAGGGUACAAUCCACAUCCAACUAUUAAAAUGGAAAUGGCUGUUUAGGGUGCUUUCAAAGGAGCUUGAAGGAUAUUGUCAGUCUUUAGGGGUUGGGCUGGAUGCAGAGGUAAAAGUUCUUUUUGCUCUAAAAGAAAAAGGGACUAGGUCAAAAAUCUGUCCGUGGCCUAUCAGUUAUUAAUUUUUAAGGAUGUUGCCUCUGGCAAAUAUAACUGCCAGUUCUUUCCAUAAUAAAAGGCUUUGAGUUAACUCACUGAGGGUAUCUGAAAACGCUGAGAUGAUGAACAAAGGAGAAUGAAACGUAUGUGCUCUUAGCAAAAACACGUGCGUGCAUUGCAAUCCCACGUCCUUAUAAAGAAGGUUGGUGAAUUUUAAGAAUUUCACAAGCUUCCCUCAAAUCUGCGGGAGCUGAGUAACACCAUCAAUCAUGAUGUAGCGUGUGGUUAUGAACAUUUAAAGUUACAGUCGUUUUAUAUGUUGCUAUAAUAAAGAAGGGUUCUGCAUUUGUC